AAAACUUACUCUCUCACAAACUUCAAACCCUUCUCAUCCCUUUUUGAAUCAAUCAGUCAUGUCUCAACAACAAUUCAACGCUGGCCAGACCAGAGGCCAAGCUCAAGAGAAAGCUGAGCAAUGGACCGAGUCUGCGAAGCAAACCGCGCAAUCUGCACGUGAUAAGACUGCUGAUUUGACACAACAAGCUCGCGACAAGGCCGCAGAUUUGUCACAAUCAGCUCGUGACAAGACCGCUGAUGGAUCUAAUUCCGCUAAACAGUCCACCCAACACAACCAGGAACAAGCCGCUGGUUUAUUUGGCCAGACCGGUGAACAAGUGAAGAACAUGGCUCAAGGUGCUCUUGAUGGUGUGAAGAACAGUCUUGGCAUGAACGAGAAGAAAUGAGAAUAUGAUGAAAUUACUCGUGCUUCUCAACUAUUUUAUUUAAAUAUUUAUGAAUAAUUUCUUGUUUUUUUGGGUUUCUCCAAAUUGUUUGUAAUAAGAUUAUUAUUUUUGAGAGAUUUUGUGAUCUGAAAUCUGAGAUGUAAUAAGAUGUUGUAACAUCAUAGCCUUUGAUUUUCUAUUUUUAUA